UGUCAGCGGGCUGAAGAGCAUUUCAGGUGUUUUAAGGAAACUUUCUGUGUCAGUCUGUCUGAUAUUGAAUGUGUGACGUACCCGGAGGUUAGCUCGCUACACGUUAGCUCCCUGAAUGCUAACUGCCAGCUUCUCCUCCGCUAGCCGUUAGCAUCCAGUCCGAAGGUAAACACGUUUCUAUUAUUGGACACGCGUUCCUCUGUUGACCUCCGUGACCCGUCGGGCCGUCGUCCUCAGCGUGAGUCCGUCUGACUCCCCGGGCUCCGUGUCCGGCUGCAGAAAGAGACCGAGUCACGUGCUCUGAACCGGCGUGACGUAAUAAUGUAUAUACAAGUAGUAAUAAUGCAGUAUUAAACUGUAGUAUUGAUGUAUUACUGUAGUAUUAACCUGUAGUAUUACUGUAGUAUUGAUGUGUGAUCAUCAGGGCUACGGUUGCCAUGGCGACCAAGGCAGACCAGAUGCCUUCCCCUGAUGAAGGGCUCUUGAAGCCCCUCCCCCCUCACCGCCGCCGGGCCACCUCAAAUGUUGGCAGGCGGGGUCAGAGAGCAAAGAGGCGGGGCCCCGGCAAUAAGAGGCGGGGCCAGGAGGAGAAGAGGCGGGGCCAGGAGGGCGUGACGGUGAAUAGAAUAGAAUAGAAUAUACACUUUUAUUAAUCCCCAAGGGGAAAUUAGUUCUCUGCAUUUAACCCAUCCUUAGUUAUUAAGGAGCAGUGGGCUGCGGUGAAGCGCCCGGGAAGCAACUGGGGGUUCAGCGCCUUGCUCAAGGACACUUCGACUUGCAACUAAUGGGGAGAGCGGGGAUCGAACCCACAACCCUGCGGUUGCAGGACGGCCCUCUUACCCCACUGAGCUAAAGCCGCCCCAAAAGGGACGAGCGGCGGGAAGCGGCGCUGGGACAAGAAGCACUACUGCGUUCUGCCGCCACCGCAGGUGAAGAUCGCUCGCCACCUGCUGGCCAAACAGGCGAGCAACAGGAAGCAGCGCCACCUGCUGCUGGAGCAACUGCACUGCAGGGGCAACGACAUGCACAACAUCCAGGUGAUCCGACAGGGCUGUGGGGAGCUGGUCCCGUGGCGUCAGCCCUCUGAGGACGUGGAGGCCAGGAACUACCUGCCCUGUCCGCUCUGCCUCGGCUUCUUCCUCCGCCGACCUCUGGAAACAUCAGGCCUGCUGUCGGCAGAAGAUGACCUCUGACCUCUCCACAGACUCCGCCUCCGCAGAGGUCAAGAACCGAGCCUCUGACUCCACAGGUGAGUCGGCCUGCGAUCCAGCGGUGGAGGAUCCACCUUCUGACCUCUCGGACCGGACCGGGACAUCUGAGACCGAGCGGCUCGUGACCUCUGACCUCAUUGGCUUUUACCUGCGAAGGUUGUAUUGCAGGUACAGUGACAAGGUAGUUGCUGUUAGCUCAAACCUUAUCUUUACUUCACCUGGUUCACUGUUUCUUCAACACAGCUUCUCUGCUCUGCUUUGUUACGCCCUGUCAGUAUCUAAGAUAGGGGCCCGUGUUGUCCUGCAGUGGAUGUUCUCUUCAAAGAGUUCAGAGCCUCUGGAGGAGAGUCACAAACAUCGGGCCCUUGAAUUGAGAUCCGCAGGCAGCAAGAGGUCUCCUUCAGCCGGUUGGAUGUUUGUCUGGACCUCAAAUACAUAAACUGCGUGCUGGUGGCCGUGUUGAUCUGUCUGUACCUUGACUUUUCAUCAUUAUUUUGACUUUUCAUCAUUAUUUUGACUUUUCAUCAUUAUUUUUUGACUUCAUCAUUAUUUUGACUCUAAAAAACGCAGCCGCACCAAAAGCGCCUUGUCGAAAACCUGGGUUCUGGAGGUCCAGGGUUCUAGAGGUUCUGGAGGUUCUGGAGGUCCUGGGUUCUAGAGGUUCUGGAGGUCCAGGGUUCUAGAGGUUCUGGAGGUCCUGGGUUCUGGAGGUUGUGGGUUCUGGAGGUUCUAGAGGUCCUGGGUUCUGGGGGUUCUGGAGGUCCUGGGUUCUGGAGGUUCUGGAGGUCCUGGGUUCUUGAGGUUCUGGAGGCCCUGGGUUCUAGAGGUUCUGGAGGUCCUGGGUUCUGGAGGUUGUGGGUUCUGGGGGUUCUGGAGGUCCUGGGUUCUGGAGGUUCUGGAGGUCCUGGGUUCUGGGGGUUCUGGAGGUCGUGGGUUCUUGAGGUUCUGGAGGUUGUGGGUUCUGGAGGUUCUAGAGGUCCUGGGUUCUGGAGUUCCUGGGUUCUGGAGGUCCUGGGUUCUAGAGGUUCUGGAGGUCCUGGGUUCUUGAGGUUCUAGAGGUCCUGGGGGUUCUGGAGGUCCUGGGUUCUAGAGGUUCUGGAGUUCCUGGGUUCUGGGGGUUCUGGAGGUCGUGGGUUCUGGAGGUUCUAGAGGUCCUGGGGGUUCUGGAGGUCCUGGGUUCUAGAGGUUCUGGAGUUCCUGGGUUCUAGAGGUUCUGGAGGUCCUGGGUUCUGGUGGAGAGGGUGGAGUUGUUAUGAACAUGUGGUCAGGAUGUAAUCUGAAACCCGCUCCAGACCCGAGGCUCGCUCCCGACAUGUUUCAUCAUGGCUUUGAUUGGCCGAGAGGAUUCCACCCACGAGGGUCUGGUACGCAUGCGCAGUCGUGGAGGGAGGGAGGGGCUUGUGUUCGUAAAGUUUGGGGUUAGUUUAUAUUUCACUUAAAGACUCGUUCUGACUUCCUGCUGGAGAACUCCUCAACGGGCGGUCAGACAGACAGGCGGUCAGACAGGCGGUCAGACAGACAGGCGGUCAGACAGGCGGUCAGACAGACAGGCGGUCAGACAGGCGGUCAGACAGACAGGCGGUCAGACAGACAGGAGCAGUUCUGACAUCCAGGCAUGAAGCUGGAGUUCGCCCCGCUGAACGUGCCGCUGCAGAGGAGGCUGCAGACCGCCGCCACGCUGCAGUGGGUCUUCUCCUUCCUGGCGCUAGCUCAGUGCUGUCUUGCUGCCUUCGUGCUCUUGGCGCUCUCUGAUUGGUGGACUGUGGCCCUGCUGUAUGCUGGUUGGCUGUGGCUGGACUGGGACACGCCCACAUGCGGGGGUCGGAGGUCACAGUGGGUCAGGAGCUGGAGCGUCUGGGACUACUUCAGGGACUACUUCCCCCUGACGCUGAUUAAAUCUGUUGAUCUGGAACCAAAUAAAAACUACAUCUUUGGAUUUCAUCCCCACGGCGUGCUGGUGGCGGGGGCGUUUGGUAACUUCUGUACCGAGGCCUCCGGGUUCUCUCGCCUGUUCCCGGGCCUCAGGUCUCACCUCCUGAUGCUGCCCUUCUGGUUCAGGGUCCCUCUGUUCAGGGACUACAUCAUGUGUGGAGGCCUGGUGUCCAGCUGUAAGGCCAGCCUGUCUCACCUCAUCAGUCGCCCAGCAGGAGGGAACGUCGCUGUCAUCGUGGUGGGCGGAGCUCCAGAGGCUCUGGAGGCCCGACCGGGAGCGCUCACACUCCAGGUCCGAAACAGGAAGGGCUUCAUCAAACUGGCUCUGAAACACGGAGCUCAGCUGGUUCCCGUCUUUUCCUUUGGAGAAAACGAGUUGUUUGACCAGAUGGAGAAUCCCACUGGCUCUCCUCUGAGGAAGCUGCAGAACCGGUUGCAAAGCAUCAUGGGAGUCGCGAUGCCUCUGUUUCACGCCAGAGGAGUUUUCCAAUACAGCUUUGGCCUGAUGCCCUACAGGAAGCCCAUCCACACUGUCGUGGGGAAGCCGAUCUCGGUGGUCCAGACUCUGAGUCCCAGCUGUGAGGACAUCGACUGUCUUCAUGAACUUUACAUGCAGAAACUGACAGAACUGUUCGAACAGCACAAACUCAACUAUGGUCUCUAUGAACACCAGCACCUGACCUUCAUAUGACCUUUAGAUGACCUUUAUAUAAACGCAUGACCUUCAUAUGACCUUUAUAUAAACGCAUGACCUUCAUAUAAACACAUGACCUUCAUAUGACCUUUAGAUGACCUUUAUAUAUACAUAUGACCUUUAGAUGACCUUUAUAUAUACAUAUGACUUUUAGAUGACCUUUAUAUAAACACAUGACCUUCAUAUAAACAUAUGACCUUCAUAUAUUCACAUGACCUUCAUAUGACCUUUAUAUAUACACAUGACCUUCAUAUAAACACAUGACCUUCAUAUGCCCUUUAUAUAAACACAUAACCUUCAUAUGACCUAUAUAUAACACCUGACCUUCAUAUGACCUUUAUAUAAACAUAUGACCUUCAUAUGACCUUUAGAUGACCUUUAUAUUAAAACAUGAUCUUCAUAGUACCUUCAUAUAAACAUAUGACCUUUAUAUAAACACCUGCCCUUCAUAUGACUUCUAUAUAACACAUAACCUUCAUAUGACCUAUAUAUAACACCUGACCUUCAUAUGACCUUUAUAUAAACAUAUGACCUUCAUAUAUACACAUGACCUUCAUAUGACCUUUAGAUGACCUUUAUAUUAAAACAUGAUCUUCAUAGUACCUUCAUAUAAACAUAUGACCUUUAUAUAAACACCUGCCCUUCAUAUGACUUCUAUAUAACACCUGCCCUUCAUAUGACCUUUAUAUAAACACCUGCCCUUCAUAUGACUUCUAUAUAACACCUGACCUUCAUAUGACCUUUAUAUAAACACCUGCCCUUCAUAUGACUUCUAUAUAACACCUGACCUUCAUAUGACCUAUGAGAGCUAACAUAUUUUGGGGUGCAUUUAAGAGCGAGCUAAGCAUGAAGGUGUUUCUGUAUAAUCACAUGAAGGGGUGAAGGAUGAUUGACAGGUGUGUCCUGCAGGUGAUCCAGAGGAGAUGGUGCGCUGUGAUUGGUUGAUUCCAUAAUGUUAUGAUUCAAAUAAAGAAAGGCUACAUGUGGGCUGGUUUGACCUUUAACCUCUAUGGAUACCAUCAAAGCGAGGCAACAGGAGAUUCAAUAUUAUUAAAUAUUACCGUAUUGAGCAGUUUACACUAGCAGGGCAGGAAAUAUUACAUUUAAGAUUUUUAAAAAUAAAGGAAAUAAAUGUAAAAAUAAAAUGAAAGUGCAUAAGCCCCGCC